AUGGCACCAUUGACAUUAACAGAAAAGUAUGAUGAUUUAGUUCGAUGUGCUGAUCAACCUUUGUCAUCUUAUGAUAAACUGAAUAGUGAAGAUCUUGAAGAUGUUACUAAUAAAAUACGGCCGUUUCUUAUUGAAUCAAUUACGUAUACACCACUAUCUUUAGAAAAAAAUGAAUUAGUAUCAGCAUCAACUCUAUUUAAUGGUACUAUUCGUACGAAAUUAGCACGACGUCUAAAAAUACAAUUUUAUUUAUAUUCUGAAGCAGCGAAUAGAUGUCAACAAGAAUUUCCUAAUCGAAAACCAAGCAAUCGAAAUAAAACUCAUACAAAUGCUUAUUUAAGAGAUAGUGGAUUAUUAUCUUUUGAAACAAGUUCAACAUUUUCUCUUAAUAAUAUAUCAAAAAUAAAUAUACCUGAUUUUUAUGUAUUUUGUGCACCUAAAUAUACAAAUCAUAAACAGCAACAAAUAGAUUAUGAUCGCCUUGUUGAAGAAUCGUUGAAUGCUGCACGGCAAGAUAAUCUAUCGCGAACUGUUAUUAUUGCUGCACACCGUCUUUCUACUAUUCAAUCAUGUGAUCUUAUUUGUGUUCUUGAUCCUAAUGGACGAUUACUGGAAAGUGGUACACAUGCAGAAUUAAUGUUUCGAUUUGCUGAUCGUAUUGAUAUUCUUCUUAUAAUUAUUGCUCUGUUUCUCAUAUUGGGGCAUGGAGUUUGUGGUCUCGCAAAUGUAAUUCUUUUUGGUCGAAUCACGGGAUUAUUUGCCACUGCAUCAUUUGCUGUUGAUUGUGAUAAUCAAUAUCAAAAUUUUGCAUCUACAAUUAUCAAUAAUACUGUAUGUCCUCUUGGUAUUGAUCUUAAUCCAUUAAAUUAUGAUCGAUUACAUACACUAUGCCAUUAUGAUAAUAAAACUAUCUCAUCUACAUUAUUUCCAUUAACACCUUUAUUUCAUGACAAUGUUAUGCAUUUAGUUUAUUGGUUCUUCGGUUUUAGUAUUCUUAUGUUCCUAUGUGCUUCUCUUGAAUAUAUGUGUUGGACAGUUGCUGCGAAACGACAAACAUCUCGUAUAAGUAUUUUACUCUUUCAAUCACUUAUUCAACGUAACAUGACAUAUUUGGAUGCAGACCAAACUACUCAAUACAAUUCGAAGCUUUUUACCAAUAUUGAAAAGAUCAAAAACGGGAUAGGUUUUGAAUUCUUAACAGUACUUGGACUUAUUCAAAUGAUGAUUCUCAGUAUAAUCAUAUCUUUUAUUCUCAAUUGGCAAUUGUCUUUAAUUAUGUUUUGUAUAAUUCCAAUUAUUAUUGGUAGUUCAUUAAUGUUUGCUAAGAUCAUUAAAAAAGAAACAAAAGAACAAUUAAGUACAUAUUCAAAAGCUGGACAAAUCGCUCAAGAAGUAUUUAGUUCAUUAAGAACUGUUCUUUCAUUCAAUGGAAGUAAUUGCCAACAAAAACAAUAUGAAAAAGAACUAAAAUUGAAUGAAUGGUAUACUGUUCGCAAAGAUACUGCAUUUGGUACUUUUAUGGGUUGGUUAUCUUUUAUAAGCUUUGCAGUUUAUUCAUUUGGUUUCACUUUUGGUUCGAUUCUUAUGUCUCAUGGAAAUCAUCGUACACUGACCAUUAGUGAGAUUCUUGUUGUUGUAAUUAUAUUUGCCCAAUCUUUAAAUCUUCUUAAUACAAUUGGACCUUUCUUCCAAUCAAUUGCGGAAGCUCAAGGUGCAGCAGUAUCCGUCUUUCGACUUAUUGACGAGGCACAUGAUGAAAAUAUUAAUGAAAAAGAAAUAUUUCAAGAUAAAACAUCUGAUAAAAGAUCUAUUUCUACUAUCAAUGGUGAUAUUGAAUUUGAUAAUGUUAGUUUUUCUUAUCCAUCUAGAGAAAAUGCAACAGUUUUGAAUAAUCUUAAAUUGAUUGCUCGUGCUAAUCAAACAACUGCUCUUGUAGGUUCAAGUGGUUGUGGAAAAAGUACAUGUGUAUCACUUCUUCUUCGCUACUAUGAAGCUUCUUCAGGUAGAAUAGUGAUUGGUGGUCAAACAAUUACAGAUUAUAAAAUCAAAGAAAUUCGUCAAAGUAUUGGAGUUGUUAGUCAAGAACCUAUUCUAUUUGGAAUAAGUAUUUAUGAAAAUAUUCGUUAUGGUAAAUUGAAUGCAACACGUGCAGAGAUUGAACAAGCAGCAGAACAAGCUAAUGCACAUAAAUUCAUUAUGAAAUUACCAAAUAAAUAUGAGACACUUGUUGGUGAACGUGGUAUACAAUUGAGUGGUGGUGAAAAACAACGUAUUGCAUUAGCUCGUGCACUUGUCAAACAACCCACCGUUCUUUUGUUAGAUGAAGCAACAAGUGCACUUGAUAAUGUUAGUGAAAGAAUUGUUCAAGAAGCACUUGAUCGAGCAUGCAAAAAUCGUACAACUAUAGUUAUUGCUCAUCGUUUAACUACGAUUCAAAAUGCUGAUUACAUCUAUGUAUUAGAUAAAGGAAGUGUAAUUGAAGAAGGUACACAUGAAACAUUAUUGGCAAAAGAAGGAGGUAAAUAUCAAACAAUGAUCAAAAUGCAACAAUCUGAAAAAACGAUUGGUACACAAGAUGGCUUAAUGAAUAUGGCAAAAGCAGUAGCUGAAGAUGAAGAACAACUAUUGGAACGUGUUCGUAAAUUGAGUGAGAGCGAAGCAAUUGAUGCAAAUCGGAGAGCUUCGAUAGCAAUAAGAGGAAAAUAUGUCUUUCUUAGACUCAUGAAGAUGAAUAGCCCUGAAUGGAAAUUUAUCAUGAUUGGUUGUGUAGUAUGCAUACUUGGUGGAUUACGUGGACCAGUGUUCUCGCUUCUAUUCGUAAAAAUAAUCAAUGAUUUUAAUGAUUGUAAACAUACUGAUAUACGUCGUCGAGUGUUGAUUACAAGUGGUUUGUUUCUUCUUUUCGGCGCUGCUUUUAUGAUUCUUCGUUUUUUUCAAUUUGUGACUUUUGGAAUUGCAGGAGCGAAAUUAGUUAGUCGCAUUCGUUCAAAAGCUUUUGCAUGUUUUCUUCGUCAAGAAGUUGCUUAUUUUGAUCGACCUGAAAACAGUUCUGGUGCUAUAUGUAACCAACUCUCUUCUAAUGCAGCUGCCAUUGAAGACAUGGCUGGUACAAGAUUAGGUGUUAUUUGUGAAACUUUAUCGUUAUUUGUUUUUGGUUGCUUAUUUGGCUUUUUUUACAACUGGCAAUUAACAAUAAUCCUUGCUGUUGAAGUUAUUACCAAUAUGCGCACAGUAAAACAAUUAUCAAUAGAAAAUGAAGUUUCACGACAAUAUACGAAUAUGCUUGAUCAAGUAUUAGGGAUCUCUGCUUUUGGAAUGUUCACAUUAGAAUCAAUAAAAUUUGUUGGAAUGUUAGCACCACGUAUGGGUGCAUCAUUUGCUGCUGCUCACGCAUUUUUUGAUCUAUUUGAUCGAAUACCAACUAUUGAUAAUGGAUCAAAUAAAGGACAAGAAUUAACUAACUUUAGUGGAGAAACAGAAUUUAAUCAAGUUAAAUUUAUUUAUCCAACUCGUCCAACAGUUCUUGUUCUUAAUAAACUUCAAUUAUCUAUUAAAUCAGGUCAACGUAUAGCUCUUGUUGGUGCAUCGGGAUGUGGAAAAUCAACCAUAGUUCAAUUAUUAGAACGGUUUUAUGAUGUUACACAUGGACAAUUGCUUCUUGAUGGUGUUGAUAUUCGAAAAUUAAAUCUUCAAUGGCUUCGUUCUCGUUUGGGUGUUGUUAGUCAAGAACCAGUUUUAUUUGAUUUAACAAUUGCUGAAAAUAUCGCUUAUGGAUUAGAAAAUAUACCAAUGGAUGAGAUUGUUCUUGCUGCAACCAAAGCUAAUAUUCAUCAAUUUAUUCAACAAUUACCUCAAGGUUAUGAUACAAAAGUUGGAGUAAAAGGCAGUUUUUUAUCAGGUGGUGAAAAACAACGUAUUGCUAUUGCUCGAGUUCUUAUUCGUCAACCUAAAAUAUUAUUAUUGGAUGAAGCUACAAGUGCUAUGGAUCCAUACAAUGAACAAAUAAUACAAGAAACUCUUGAUCAAGCUCAAAUAGAAGAUCCAAAUCGAACAUCAAUUAUUAUUGCACAUCGUCUUUCAACAAUACGUUCAUGUGAUCUAAUACAUGUAGUUGAAAUGGGUCGUAUAGUAGAAAGUGGUACUCAUACAGAACUAAUACAAAAAGGUGGAAUUUACUAUACAAUGUUAAAUGCUCAAAAUAACGUACAAUAA